UACAGAUAUGUAAGUAAAUGUACUUAAUGGCUGUUGUAAUGGCUAAACCAUUACCUUGUGCUCUUAUUUAAAUCUUCUAAUUCCUGUUUCCAUUCCCGAUUGUUUUUUUCAACUGGAGGUUGAGUAUUGAUCCUGCACCCUAUUAAAAUUAGCUGUGAUUUGAGCUGUCAGAGCUUUUCAGGAGAGGAGUUUGGUCUGACCCUUGCUUGGACAGGAGAACUUAUGACUGAAAUGUGGCAUAUCAUGUCCCCACAAGCUCUGGCUGAUGCACAUGCAGCAAUAGGAUACCAUAGGAUGUCCUGCUUAACAUCGGGAAACAGCUGGAGAUUGAUGCAGAUUACCUGUCUUGAUAUUUCCAGUGGUGGAGGGCUUGGCGUGUCUACCAGCACAGAUGGGACCAUGAAGAUCUGGCAGGCUGCGAAUGGAGAAAUAAGAAGACUAUUGGAAGGCCAUGUGUAUGAUGUGAAUUGUUGCAGGUUUUUCCCAUCGGGCCUCGUGGUUCUGAGUGGGGGAAUGGAUGCCCAGCUAAAGAUCUGGUCAGCAGAAGAUGCCAGCUGCGUAGUAACAUUUAAAGGUCACAAAGGAGGUAUUUUGGACACUGCCAUUGUGGAUCGGGGAAGAAAUGUCCUUUCCUGCUCUAGAGAUGGCACUGCCCGCCUCUGGGACUGUGGAAAAUCCGCCUGUCUGGGUGUCAUUGCUGACUGUGGCUCUCCUGUCAACGGCAUUGCUGUGGGCACUGCUGACAACUCACUGAACCUGGGCACGCCUGAAAAAGCUCCUAGUGAACGUGAGAUUGGGACAGAAGGGAAAAUCCUGCUGCUGGCUCGAGAAGACAAGAAGCUUCAAGGAGUGGGACUGCAGAGCAGGCAGCCGGUGUUCCUCUUCGUUGGAUCUGAUGCGUUCAACUGCUGCACAUUCCUCUCAAGUACCUAUAUCCUAGCAGGGACUCAGGAUGGGAACAUAUAUCAGCUGGAUGUGAGAAACACAAACGCUCCAAUCCAGGUCAUCCAUAGAUCAGGAGCGCCAGUGCUUUCACUGCUCCCGUACCGAGAUGGAUUUAUUGCCAGCCAAGGUGAUGGAACCUGCUUUAUCAUUCAGCAAGACCUCGAUUAUGUCCUCGAUCUCACAGAAGCUGACUGCGACCCUGUGUACAAGGUGGCUUCUUGGGAGAAGCAAAUUUACACAUGCUGCAGAGACGGGAUAGUGAGGAGAUACCAACUUUCCGAACUUUAAGUGUUCAGAUUGGCCAGAUAGUGGAGAGAUGUGUCCAAAUAGCUCUUCCACGCUUAUUUUCCUGUACAGUGUGUUUGAGAUGUGUAUAUAGAAGUUUUUGAGGCUAUUGUGAUGACCAGGCUCUAUACAGAGGUUUUUGGUGACAGGUAAUAUUUCUUACUACAACACAACUUUGAUCAUUUUUUUAAUUCUGAGAGCGUCUUUGAGGUGUUAGAGAGGAUCUUGUGUUGCAAUAAUUUUUUUUCACCGCUGAAAAACUGCUCUUUCUAAGGGGGGGGGCGGGGGGCGAUGCAGGCAACUGUAUCACGGUAUGGACUGAAAUAAAGCUA